UCGAAGCGGGAUGUGAUUCUAUCACGGUGGCCGACCAGGAGAGCUCCGGCUAUCAAAAGCUCAACUUCCUACGCAGCAUGCACGGGGGCGCUCGAGUUGCGUUCUAUUUUGUUGGGCCCCCGGACUGGUAUCCCUUCUUAAAGUCUAUGAUGAAAUUCUUGAUCCCAUCUUAUCGCCAGCUAUGGGAGAAUGGUCCAGAUUUUGGGGCUAUCGUUAGUCAUCUGACCGCCGAGCGACUGCGUCGAUGUGACGCUGGCGACAAUCCCGAUGACUUUCUUGCCUGUUCAAUCCGGGAUAAGUCGGGGCAGUCUCGGGGCCUCGACCCAGGCGAGGUGGAGGCUGAAACCAACAUUCUCUGUAUGUUAUUAGACCCUCUCUCCUCCUCCCACCGCGACCCCACGCUGUUUCCCCAGCCGGAAAGGUUCAUGCCGCUACGAUGGCUCGAUGGCAACAGCAAUCUCGCCAAGAUGCGGGCCGUGUUCAUGCCCUUUAGUCCGGGUGGCCGGGCCUGUAUCGGCAUGAACAUCACCAUCAUGGAGCAGCAGAUUCUGGUAGCAACAAUUAUCCAUAGGUAUAACUUCACAUUGCCCUCGGAUGACUGGCAGUGAGACUAAGAGGAGGCAUUCAAUCUGUGGCCAGACUCGAGCCCAUGAAGUUUUGGAGGCGAACUAAGACGGUUCUGGGCUCUGAAGACUAGAGCAGGUAUUUCU